AGCACCGGCACCCUCCAAAUUGGGACUCUACCCCUUUAAAUCUGUUCAGUUCCCAAAAAAGAAGAGGCAUCAGACCCUGUUAAUUAAAGCUCGCCCUGGUCCAUCAUUCUGAGGAGCUGCAGUGCUCUGCUCCUUCCUGAUGGCUGAGAGAUUCUCCUAACUCCCAGCCAUGGAUCUUGGAGAAUCCCCCCGAGCUCAGCAGGAGAGUUGCUGUCUCGGCUGACACCCCCUUGAUGCGCACACACGUCUCUCUGACAGCAUCGCCCUGGACCCCUGAUGCGGCUGCCUGAGCAACCUGGAGAGGGGAAGCCUGAACAUGAGGAAAAGGGGGACAGAGGAGCUCCCCAAGGGGGAGAGGAGCCGCCGAGGAGCCAGGCCCCCGACUUCCCCACUUGGCAAAAGAUGCCCUUCCACCAUGUGACUGCAGGCCUGCUCUACAAGGGCAAUUACCUCAAUCGGUCACUCUCUGCAGGCAGUGACAGUGAGCAGCUCGCCAACAUCUCUGUGGAGGAGCUGGAUGAAAUCCGAGAGGCCUUUCGGGUCCUGGACCGAGAUGGAAAUGGCUUCAUCUCCAAGCAAGAGCUGGGAAUGGCUAUGCGCUCCCUGGGGUACAUGCCAAGUGAGGUGGAGCUGGCUAUUAUCAUGCAGCGCUUGGACAUGGAUGGGGAUGGCCAGGUGGAUUUUGACGAAUUCAUGACAAUUCUUGGCCCUAAGCUGGUGUCUUCAGAAGGUCGUGAUGGUUUUCUUGGAAACACAAUAGACAGCAUAUUCUGGCAGUUUGACAUGCAAAGGAUAACUCUGGAAGAACUGAAGCACAUCCUCUACCAUGCCUUCCGGGACCACUUAACAAUGAAGGACAUCGAGAACAUCAUCAUCAAUGAGGAGGAGAGCCUGAAUGAGACCUCGGGGAACUGCCAGACGGAGUUUGAGGGAGUGCAUUCCCAAAAACAGAACCGACAGACUUGCGUGCGGAAGAGCCUCAUCUGCGCCUUUGCCAUGGCCUUCAUCAUUAGCGUCAUGCUGAUCGCGGCCAACCAGAUCCUGCGGAGCGGCAUGGAGUAGCAGCGGCUCCUGCCUUCCCUCCCCGCAUGUGCAUGCCGCGGGCAGACUCUUCCUCCACCGACGCAGAGAAGGACCCUGCGCACUUGGCACCGCUCAGCCCCAACCCCAAGGGCGCGGGGCGACCGGUGUUACAAAUUCACUUCAUCUCCUUGGCAGGGACACCAAAGGGCUGUCUUCGAUGCUUUACUGGUUUCGUUUCCUAAUGCAAUAAUAGCCAGGAGUUGGCAGGAGCUCCACCCUCCCGGCCUCACCCUCUGCACAAACUGCAUCUCCUCUGGGGAACUCCAGCAGCCACUUAGGGCUGGUGGGUGGGAGCGAGGCUGACCACAUAGCCAUCCCCCUACCAGGCUUGUUCUCAGCUGGAGACACCCCACUUGGCCCACCAGGGAAACCUCAGUUCCCUGGGGCUAACCUCCCGUCUGCUUCCUAAGAGGGGGCUUGCCCACC